AUGGCAGAAGUCGCACCCGCUCCCGCUGUCGCGCCGGCCAAAGCGCCCAAGAAGAAAGCAGCUUCGAGAGCAAAAAAAGCUGGCCCUAGCGUCGGCGAUCUGAUCGUCAAAGCCGUUUCCUCGUCUAAGGAGAGGAGCGGCGUGUCUCUCGCUGCUGUGAAGAAAGCGCUGGCUGCUGGCGGAUACGAUGUGGAGAAGAACAACUCCCGCGUCAAGCUCGCCGUUAAGGGUCUCGUGACUAAAGGCACUCUGGUGCAGACCAAAGGAACUGGCGCGUCUGGCUCUUUCAAGCUGAACAGGAAGCAGACCGAAGCCAAGAAGCCCUUGAAGAAAGCAGCGCCCAAAGCGAAAAAGCCCGCCGCGGCUAAGAAGCCCAAGAAGGUAGCAGCCAAGAAACCCGCGGCCAAGAAGUCUCCUAAGAAGGCGAAGAAGCCCGCCGCAAAGAAAGCCACCAAGAGCCCGAAGAAGGCGAAAAAGCCCGCGACCCCUAAAAAGGCAGCCAAGAGCCCCAAGAAAGCGAAAGCUGUCAAGCCCAAGACCACAAAGAUUAAAGCGGCAAAGGCGAAGAAGGCAGCACCCAAAAAGAACGUGUUGAAGAAUGGACAUUGUCACACCGAAGCUGUACAGAUAUCUGGAUAUAUAAUUUCGAUGUAAAAGAAAAGGGGAAAA